AGCUAGUCACUGCCUGGACAGCUCUGAGCGUCCCCUGUGCAAGGGGCAGGGAGAGGACACUGCGGGGAGGCGCACAGCCCGGCCAGGCCCAGACUAGCAGUCUCCCUCGGGGGGACCCCUCGGCCCGCCUCUGCGUCUGCUCUGCCUGAGCUGUUCCAGUAACAGUAAGUUCCCGCUGGCUUAUUUCUCCACCAUCCUACAUGCGGUUGAGUUUGCCCCUCACCAUGUCUUCUCAUAAGACUUUCAGGAUCAAGAGACUCCUGGUCAAGAAACAAGAGCAGAGUCGUCCCAUUCCUCAACGGAUUCGAGAGAAAACUGCUAACAAGAUCGGGUACACCUCCGAGAGAAGACCCUGGAGGAGCGCCAAGCCGGGUCUACUAGAAGCUCGCACGGGAGCUGGCACACACUGCACAGUGCCACGUCACCCGCACGCCAACGCCCAGUCCCCGCAGUGA